UUACCGAAGUAAGAGUCUUAAGUGUUUCGACGAUUCUCAGUCUUGGCAACCUCAAGUCCAAGAUCUUCCGCCAUUGCCAAAUUUUCGACCCCUCAGUUACCAUGCUUGGCCUUUCCUCUAUGAUUCCAAGCCAGAUUCGGUUCUUGCUCCAAAGCUUGACCGAAGCAAACGCCGAUUCUGUUUUGCGAGAGCUCUGUCAGUUUAUUGAAUAUGGAAUUGGGGAAGGCAUUAUCAUGCUUCAAACUUGCUUGGAUCACUUGAAUCUUCGUGGAACUGACUCAAGGAAUCCGCAGCUUGAAUCAAUUGUAGCAUCAGUUUUUAAAUACAUCAUGGAUAAACCAAAUUUUGGUACCGUAUUUAGUGAGUCACUAAGGAGUACUGAGAUCAAUGAGCAACUGCUGGAGCAUUUAUCCAAUGUGCUACAUUUAUCUGUAUCUGAAAGGAUUGGGAUUGGUUUCGCCUUGUCUGAUUUAGAAAAUAUUGAUGUAAUAUUGUGUGGGAAGAACUUUUGUAUGGCUCAGAUUGAGAAGCUAUGUGCCAAUCCUGUUCCUGUGAAUUCAGCUGAGCAAAUUCAGAAUAUUGUUAUGUUUCUUCAGCGGUCAAGUGACCUUUCCAAGCAUCUUGAUUCUCUUAUGCAGAUGUUGUCUUUAGUGCAAUUCAAAGACCUUACCGAAUUUGCCUUAACUCCAGUGCUUCCUGAUGAUCUGCGUGAGGCUAAGUAUUUAAGAGAAAUGGAUUUGUUCCAUGAAUGCAUGGAUAAUGAUUUUGAUGAUAUUUUAGCGGAAAUGGAAAAGGAAAUGAGCAUGGGAGAUGUUAUGAAGGAACUAGGUUAUGGAUGUACAGUUGAUGACACACAGUGCAAAGAGAUUCUCUCUCUUUUCUUACCGUUGACUGAGAUUAACCUUUCUAGGAUACUUGGUACAAUUGCUCACACCCAUGCUGGGCUGGAAGACAACCAUAAUGCAUUUUCAACAUUUGGCCUGGCCCUUGGUUGUGGCACUCAUUCUGAUUUGCCACCAUUAAGCUCUUGGAAUGUUGAUGUCCUUGUGAAAACGAUCAAGCAACUUGCUCCUAGCACCAACUGGACUCAAGUUAUUGAGAACUUGGAUUAUGAGGGUUUCUACAUCCCCAAUGAGGAGGCCUUCUCUUUUUUCAUGUCUGUAUAUAAAUAUGCAUGCCAGGAUCCAUUCCCUCUUCAUGCCAUUUGUGGGGGUGUUUGGAAGAAUGCUGAGGGCCAGUUAUCUUUUCUUAAAUAUGCUGUAACAGCGACACCAGAAAUAUUUACCUUUGGCCAUUCUGCAAGGCAGCUGACUUAUUUUGAUGAGGUGCAUGGCCAUAAGCUUCAACUUGGACAUGCAAAUCAUGCUUGGUUGUGUCUUGACCUUCUAGAUGUGCUUUGCCAACUAGCUGAGAGGGGUUAUGCCAGCUUUGUCCAAUCAAUGCUUGAGUACCCUCUCAAAAACUGCCCUGAAGUCUUGCUUCUUGGAAUGGCACACGUUAAUACUACUUAUAAUCUCAUCCAGUAUGAAGUAUCUUUCACUGUUUUCCCGAUGUUAAUAAAAAAUACCAUGUGCAGUGGUAUGAUUCUUCACCUCUGGCAUGUGAAUCCCAAUCUUGUAUUGCGAGGAUUCAUAGAUACUCACAACACGGAACCUGACAGCUUGAUUAGAAUAUUAGACAUAUGUCAGGAACUGAAGAUCCUAUCAUCAGUUCUAGAGAUGGUCCCUUCUCUUUCCGCUAUCAGAUUGGCAGUUCUUGCUGCACAAAAAGAACUUGUAGACCUUGAGAAGUGGCUGAGUGGUAACUUAAGUACAUACAAGGAUUUCUUCUUUGAGGAGUGCCUGAAGUUUGUCAAGGAGAUUCAGUUUGGUAGAUCACAGGAUUUUUCUGCCAAACCUUUCCUUCAUUCUGGUGCUCUAUUGAAUCUUUACAUGGAAAAGAUCACUACUAUUAUGAAGGUUUUGAAAUCGCAUACUGGCUUGAUUACUUCAGCCAAACUCCUUGAUGAACUGGAAAAGUUGCAUGCAACAAUCUUGGAUUCUAAUCCAAAACUACAGAAUGGUGGAGCUUCAGAAUCAUCGGCGACUGAUGGAUACGCAGAUGAUAUUGAGGCAGAAGCAAACUCUUACUUUCAUCAGAUGUUCUCAGGUCACUUGACUAUUGAAGCAAUGGUUCAAAUGCUUGCACGAUUCAAGGAUUCUUCAGUGAAAAGGGAACACUCAAUUUAUGAGUGCAUGAUUGCAAACCUGUUUGAGGAAUACAGAUUCUUUCCAAAGUAUCCUGACAGGCAGCUCAGAAUUGCUGCCGUUCUCUUUGGGUCCAUCAUCAAGCAUCAGCUUGUAACUCAUCUCACCCUUGGGAUUGCCCUGCGUGGUGUUUUAGAUGCAUUGCGUAAACCUGCUGAUUCGAAAAUGUUUGUGUUUGGUACAAAAGCAUUGGAGCAGUUUGUGGAUCGUCUGAUUGAGUGGCCACAGUAUUGCAACCAUAUUUUACAAAUAUCUCACCUGCGUAGUACACACUCAGAGCUUGUUGCUUUCAUUGAAAGGGCUCUUGCCAGGAUUUCAGCUGGGCAUUUGGAACCAGAUGGAACCAAUAGUGCUUCAACUGUUCAUCAGCUUGGUUCUUCUCAGGCUACCUCAGGAAAUGGGGAGGUUAAUAGUUCUACCAUUGCACAAUCUGGGCCGCAACAUUCUUCUCAGAUCCAGCUUCAAGCGAGAAAUGAAAGUUCUCUUGAUGAGCGUCAUAAAAUUUCUGCACCCUCAUCAAAUGAUGUAAAACCACUUCUAUCUUCCACUGGACAACCUUCAGUUGUUCCAUUGGGUGAUAAUUCUAGUGUUCAGAAGUUGCAAAACACAAUCAGUGCUCCAGCAAUGCUUUCAGCCUCUCCUGGUUUUGUUCGUCCUUCCCGAGGAGUUACAUCAACCAAAUUUGGCUCUGCUUUGAACAUUGAAACACUAGUUGCUGCUGCUGAGAGAAGAGAGACUCCCAUUGAGGCUCCAGCAUCAGAGGCUCAGGACAAGAUAUCAUUUAUAAUCAAUAAUAUUUCUGCUCUGAAUAUUGAGGCCAAAGCUAGAGAAUUCACUGAAAUAUUGAAGGAGCAGUACUAUCCAUGGUUUGCGCAGUAUAUGGUUAUGAAAAGAGCAAGCAUUGAACCGAAUUUUCACGAUUUGUACUUAAAGUUUCUGGAUAAAGUUAAUUCAAAGGCUUUGAACAAAGAGAUUGUCCAGGCCACAUAUGAGAACUGCAAGGUUCUAUUAGGAUCAGAGCUUAUAAAAUCAAGUUCAGAAGAGCGUUCGUUGCUUAAAAAUUUGGGUAGCUGGCUUGGGAAGUUAACAAUCGGAAGAAACCAAGUUUUAAGGGCUCGUGAAAUAGACCCUAAAUCACUGAUUAUAGAGGCUUAUGAGAAGGGAUUGAUGAUUGCAGUCAUUCCGUUUACCUCCAAGGUUCUUGAACCAUGCCAAAGUAGUCUAGCAUAUCAACCUCCAAAUCCCUGGACUAUGGGCAUUCUUGGAUUACUUGCUGAGAUCUAAUCGAUGCCAAACCUGAAAAUGAACCUCAAGUUUGACAUAGAGGUUCUAUUUAAGAACCUUGGUGUGGAUAUGAAAGACAUAACACCAACGUCUCUUCUCAAGGAGCGGAAAAGAGAAAUUGAGGGGAAUCCUGAUUUUUCUAAUAAAGAUGUUGGAGCAUCCCAGCCUCAGAUGAUUCCUGAAGUUAAACCAGGAAUUAUUUCUCCGCUAAAUCAUGUUGAAUUACCACUUGAGGUUGCCAGCCCACCUAAUUCUGGGGGCCCUACACAUUUAAUGUCUCAGUAUGCUGCUCCUCUUCGUCUUUCUUCUGGUACUUUGAUGGAGGAUGAAAAACUAGCAGCUCUUGGCUUGUCUGAUCAGCUUCCUUCUGCUCAAGGACUGUUUACUCAAUCCCAGACACCUUUUUCUGUUAGUCAGCUUUCCACGCCAAUACCUAACAUUGGAACUCAUGUUAUCAUCAAUCAGAAGCUCAGUACCUUGGGCUUGCACUUGCACUUUCAGAGAGUGGUUCCAAUUGCGAUGGACAGAGCUAUCAAAGAAAUAGUGUCAGGCAUUGUUCAACGCAGUGUUUCUAUAGCGACUCAGACAACAAAAGAGCUUGUUUUAAAGGAUUAUGCGAUGGAAUCAGACGAGACACGCAUUUAUAAUGCAGCACACUUGAUGGUUGCAAGUUUGGCAGGAAGUCUAGCUCAUGUGACAUGCAAGGAGCCCUUACGUACUUCUAUAUCAAGCCAAUUGAGGACUUCACUGCAAGGUUUAAGUAUAGCGAAUGAACUCCUAGAACAAGCUGUGCAACUUGUUACCAAUGACAACCUUGAUCUCGGCUGUGCGGUCAUUGAGCAGGCUGCCACAGAUAAGGCGAUUCAAACAAUUGACGGGGAGAUAACUCAACAACUUUCUUUAAGAAGAAAGCAUAGAGAAGGUGUUGGUUCCUCAUUAUUUGAUCCAAGCAUGUAUGCACCAGGUUCUAUGGGUGUUGUUCCUGAGGCCCUCCGCCCUAAACCAGGGCAUUUGUCUGUUUCUCAACAGCGAGUUUAUGAGGACUUUGUUCGACUUCCUUGGCAAAACCAAUCUAAUCAGAGCUCACAUGCCAUGUCUGCUGGUUCUUUGACUUCAUCCAGUGAUGCUGGUCUGACUGGUGCAUAUGGUUUGGCGGCAGGACAAGUUAACCCAGGCUACUCAGCAAGUGCAGGAAACACAGAAUUUGAAGCAGUCUCUCGCUCAUUGGAUGUUUCUUCUGGGUCAAUUGAAUCCAGUUCAGCUGCCCUGUUGAGUGUACCAUCGACCAAUAUUGUGACAGCUGAUAGUGGUGGUAUUCAGCAUAAUUCUGAAAACGACUCUGUCAAUGCUUCUUUUACUCCAACUGCUCCAGCCCCUGAAUUACUUUCUGUGGAUUCAACUGAGGCUGGAAAAGAACCAGGAGCUACUUCACAAUCCUUACCAUCACCUGUCACCCCUGAACGUCUUGGAAGUGGUGUGUUAGAACCUUCGCUAAACACAAGGGAUGCAUUGGAUAAAUACCAUAUCCUUGCACAGAAGUUAGACGCUUUGGUAGCCAGUGAUGCUACAGAAGCUGAUGUUCAGGGAGUGAUUUCUGAGGUUCCUGAGAUAAUACUAAGAUGCAUCAGUCGGGAUGAAGCUGCCUUGGCUGUGGCUCAAAAGGUUUUCAAGGGGUUAUAUGAGAAUGCUUCGAACAGUCUUCAUGUUGGUGCUCAUCUUGCAAUUUUGGCUGCCAUUCGUGAUGUUUGCAAGCUUGUUGUUAAGGAGCUCACACGUUGGGUUAUUUACUCAGAUGAGGAUAGAAAGUUCAACAAAGAUAUUACGGUUGGCCUUAUUCGGAGUGAAUUGCUGAACCUCGCGGAGUACAAUGUUCAGAUGGCAAAACUUAUAGAUGGUGGAAGGAACAAGGCUGCAAUGGAGUUUGCCAUUUCCCUUCUACAAACUUUGGUUACAGAUGAAUCCAGAGUCGUUUCAGAACUCCACAAUCUUGUAGAUGCAUUAGCAAAGGUUGCUGCAAAACCUGGUUCUUCUGAGUCACUACAACAGUUGAUUGAGAUUGUUAAGAAUCCUGUUGCUAAUGUAACUGCAUCUGGUGCUACUGCUGGAAUGGAUGAUAAGGCUAGGCAAUCCAAGGACAAAAAGGCUCCUAGUCUCUCCACAGCAAACAGGGAAGAUUAUAACAGCAUGGAGCCCGUGGACCCAGAUCCUGCUGGUUUUUCUGAUCAGGUCUAUGUGUUGUUCAAGGAGUGGUACCACAUAUGCGAACUUCCUGGCACAAAUGAUGCAGCUUGUACUCGUUACAUCUUACAAUUGCAUCAAAGUGGACUGCUGAAAGGGGAUGAUAUGACAGAUCGUUUUUUCCGAAACCUUACGAAAAUUGCUGUUGAACAUAGCAUACAAUCUGAAUCACCUCAACAAGUGCAGAGUGUAUCCUUUCAUACCAUUGAUAGUUAUGCAAAGCUUGUUUCAUCAGUCCUGAAGUGUUUGCCCGUGGAACAGGGAUCAACUAAAAUCUUUCUUUUGUCAAAGAUUUUGACCGUCACUGUAAGAUUUAUUCUAAAAGAUGAGGAGGAGAAGAAGGCAUCUUUUAAUCCAAGACCAUAUUUCAGAUUGUUUAUUAACUGGCUGCUAGACCUUGGCUCAUUGGAUCCUGCUAUCGAUGGUGCAAACAUUCAGAUUUUGACAGCCUUCGCAAACGCAUUCCAUGCUUUACAGCCCCUUAAAGUCCCGGCAUUCAGCUUUGCAUGGCUUGAAUUGGUGAGUCACAGGAGUUUCAUGCCUAAAUUGCUCAUAGGAAAUUCUCAAAAGGGUUGGCCUUUUAUCCAACGUUUGCUGGUAGAUCUGCUACAAUUCCUGGAGCCAUUUUUGAGAAAUGCUGAACUGGGAGUUCCGGUUCGCUUUCUGUAUAAAGGUACACUUAGAGUGCUGCUGGUACUCCUUCAUGAUUUCCCAGAGUUCCUAUGUGAUUAUCAUUUUACCUUUUGUGAUGUGAUUCCUCCAAGCUGCAUACAAAUGCGCAAUAUUAUUCUCAGUGCUUUUCCCCGCAAUAUGAGGCUACCAGAUCCAUCUACUCCCAACUUAAAGAUUGAUUUGCUUCCGGAAAUCAGAGAUGCUCCUCGAAUUCUCUCUGACGUUGAUGCGGCUCUUAGAGCAAAACAGAUGAAGGCUGAUGUAGAUGAGUAUCUCAAGACGGCACAGCCAGGUUCCUCGUUUUUGACUGAACUGAAGCAGAAAUUGCUCCUUCCUCCUAGUGAAGUUGCCUCUGCUGGUACUCGUUACAAUGUACCAUUGAUCAACUCUCUUGUGCUUUACGUAGGCAUGCAGGCCAUCCAACAACUGCAAACAAGAACACCACAUGCACAGUCAACAGGCAACAAUAGUUCGCUUACUGUGUUCUUGGUGAGUGCUGCCUUGGAUAUUUUCCAGACGUUGAUACAGGAUCUCGAUACUGAAGGGCGCUAUCUCUUCUUAAAUGCGGCUGCUAACCAACUUCGCUAUCCAAACAAUCACACUCAUUAUUUUUCCUUUGUCUUACUUUAUCUGUAUGCAGAAGCAAACCAGGAAAUUAUCCAGGAGCAAAUUACAAGAGUACUGUUCGAACGUCUUAUUGUCAAUCGACCUCAUCCAUGGGGCCUUCUUAUAACCUUCAUAGAGCUGAUAAAGAAUCCUAGAUACAACUUCUGGAACCAGUCUUUCAUUCGGUGUGCACCAGAGAUUGAGAAACUGUUUGAAUCAGUUGCUAGGUCAUGUGGAGGUCUAAAGCCUGUGGAAGAUAGUAUGGUCUCAGGUUGGGUUUCCGACAGCACACACUGAGGAGACUUAACAUGUUAUCAUUGUAUUAUUAUUUAAUCUUCUUUGUAAUCUCUCUUUGUUAUUAUUUAUCUAGUUAGUUUGUAUUUGACUUGUAUAUAUAGUUUAGUAUUUAAAAUUUUGUAACAUUUACAGCACUCCUCUUCCAACCAACUGUAGAGAUUUUGGUUA